CAGUACCACGGCAUGGAAAAAUACCAAACACGAGUGUAGCACGCAUCAAAGCGGUUUGCCAAAACUCACCCCACCCCCCUUUUCAAUGCCACUACGGAAGUGCAUUGAAAGCUCAAGGACAAAGGUUUCUCUCCAAGCGUGACACGCUUUUCUUUAGCAGGUGAGAGCAAUCCUUUGAUAAACUCACCAGCGUUUAUAAAAACGCUCCCUCUCGUAGUAUUCGACACUAGACUGCCACCAGAUUACACAGUUGAACAGAUUUUCAUCUACGAAGAAUCGGUGCAGCGUUUUGUCCACAACUUUCCAAGAGAUAUACAGCGUUUGCGAGCCAAUUGGACAGGGAAAUAGCGGUCACUGUGACUCUCGCUUGACGUAACAGCGAAGACGUGGUAAAUAUAUCUUCCUGUUGUCUUCUUCUUCAAAUAACAACUUUAAGAUCCCAAGAGAGAGUACUGUGCAGUAUACGGAAGAAGAAGAAGCGAGCUGGAAUCGGAAGCAGAAACAUCUUCCGCCGCUACUGAAGUCAACGCCCAUCGGAAGCCGGCUAGAACCGCUCCUUGCACCGGAGGCUCGCUCUGUUUACGUACGGGACCACAUCCACACCCAUCCGGUCAAACUCAGAGAAACCUAUCGGUCAAACCAGUCGGAACAAAUCAUGGACUUUCUAUUCCAAUAAUACCACGUUGUCAUUGUUUACCGUUUUCCUACUACGUUUACGCGUAUUCAGUCAUCCAUCCAGAGUUUGCGUCAGCCUGAGGUCCUCCGUCCCCUGACCCAUUCAGAGAACGUUUGAAAACAUUUUUUUACAAGUUCCACCCUCUUUCGAUGAAAGCAAGCUAUUUCCUGGACUAACAACAAGCCAAAUAUCUUCUAAGAACUAGUAGAAGUACAACAAGUUGUGUGCCGUUGUCUGAAUCAGAACACUUAGUCAUCAAGGACUUGCGUCAGGUCUUUCGUGUCCUGGACGAUUCACAGAAAGUUUGACAACAUUAGUCUAUAAAUUCUUCCCUCUUAGGGAGAAAGCAAGUGAUAUUCUGGACUUCGAGCUACCAGCAAGCCAAAUUUCUACUAUAAACUAGGAGAAAAGUCUCCACAACAAGUUGAAAGAUGGAGUUCCCCAAGCCAAGUCUUAUUCUAGUCGUAUUGACUGUCGCAAUGUUGGUCGUAACUGAAGCGAACAACAGCACACCACGACUGGAGCCAGUACGACUAUGUGGCCGAGACUUCAUCAGGACCGUCGUACGAGUCUGUCCCGACGAAGGACGCAGGAGAAGAAGUCUUGAAGAGUUUGAAAUUCCGUCGAAGACGUCCAAAAAAGAGGGACAGACAGAAGAAAGCACAAAAGGUUUGGCAGACGUUCUUGGACUGCGGAAGUGGAGGGAGGCCCACCGCCUGACGAAGCGGAACGUACGACUAGCUGAGCGGUGUUGUCACCAAGGCUGCACCAUAGCGGAGAUAGCAGAGAGCGUCUGUUUCUGAUGGCGGCGUUUCAUAGGCUUCGCCCCCCCCCUACCUAACUCACAUAACGCUGGGUCACCUUUAUCCGCAGGGUAACUUAUAUCCGUUUAUUUUAAAGCAGGGUAUUUAGGGAUAUCAAGUCUACGGUAUGAAACUUCAAUUUUUGACAAUAAUGAACGUUGAUAUAACAACGGAAAUAGGUUACCCCAAUAUUUGCAAAUAUUGCAGUUGGAUACAACAACGGAUAUAGGGCACCCCUUGAAAAAAGGGUGAACUAUAUAUACCCAGAACAUUCGAUUCCUUGCCCCCCUCUCUCUUACAAACUCUCUAUCUCUGAGUUUAUCUAUUUUCUACAUCAUAAUGGUGUUUAUUUAUUUAUUGACGUAUCUUAUUUAUUUGUAUAUUUAUUUUUUGGAAUACUUUUGUUUUAUGCAUAUACAAUGUAUCAUGUGAUUAAGGUUUAGGCAUAUCUUUGAAUAAGUAUCACCGUGAUAUAGUACUGACAUGGUUGCCUCUUUAGACAACUACAUCUUCACUCAGUAAAGUAAUAGAGUAGAAGUUACUUAAAAGUAAACGUUAUUUGAAUUGUAAGAUAUAUCACAAAACGGGUUAUAAGGUUAUUUCUUUCAUAAAGUGGCAUAUUAUCAAUUUUUAUGAAAGUUUAUGAUGUUGCAAGAAUUUAUGACAACUUUAAUAAGCCUGUAGAAAAGUUUGCUAAAAAAGGA